AAAUAUUUAAAUAAUACCCAUAAUUAAUACUGUAGACAUGUCAUCUGAAAAGGGGUCUAUAUUUAAGGCACGAACGAGAAAGAGGCCGCAAUUGGCAGAUGUUUCCAAUUCCACUACAUUAAUUGAAGAUUCAUAUAUUGCUAAAAGACCUAAUACAAUUGCUAAACCAUUAUAUGAAUUAACUAAGAAUGAAAAAUAUUGUGUAACAAGAUUACCAGCAUUACCAUCAAUCUUUGAAAAUGAUAAAUUUCAAACUGGAAUUUUAAAUGCUUAUGCUGAUUCAGAAUCAAAUUAUUCUUUAGUAGUUACUGAGAAUUCUUUACAUGUUUGGAAUUAUAAAUCAACUGAUCCAUCACCAUUAUCAUUUCAAUUUCCAAUUAAUGAUAGUAAUUCUAAAAAUGAUCCAAUAAUUCCUUUAUCUAUUCUUACUAGACCUUCAAGUGGUAUAAGUCAAGAUCCAGGUUUAGUUAUUAUAAAUUCAACUUCAGGACUUGUUAAAUUUUAUGAAAGUGUUCAACAUGCUCCAGCAUUAGGAUUAAUUAAUGAUAAAUCAUUAGAAUUAAUAUUACCAAUAAAUUCAAAUCGUGGUGAAUAUAUUACAUUAGCUGAAAAUGUAGAACCUGCAGGUAUAGCCAUUGCCACAUCUUGGAAAAGAUGUAUUCUUAUAUCACUUCGAGAUUUUAAAAGUAAACCUAAAUUAUCAACUAUUGAAUUAAUUCCACCUAUAUCUUCAACAUCAAUAAUAUCUAAUUUUUUUUCUAGAUCUAAUUCAAUGUCAAUUGAAAAUGAUAUUGUUAGUAUAAAAUCAGGAAAAAUUACUAAUCAUGGAAUGACUCAAGAAAUUAUAAUUCAAGAUUCUAAAGGUGGAUUUAAUUUCUUUGUUUAUCAAUUAUCUUCAGCUAAUGGUUUACCAUAUGUUGAUAAAAAAAAUUCAUACAAACAUAAUUUAACAUCUUAUGUUGAAAAUAGUAUUGAUGGAUUUAUUCCUGGUUCAGCAUUAUCUAUAAAUUUUUUAGAUUUAUGGCCAUUAUUAGAUCAUGAUAAUGUAUAUUUAGGUUUAUGUCAUAUUGUUGAUGCAACAAAUAUUGAUAAAAAUUCCAAAAAUUUAUUAUUAAUUACUAUAAAAAUUGAUUCUACUGGAGGUUUAUUAUAUGGAUCUCAUAAAUUAAUUAGAUAUGAUCCAUCCGAUUCAGAAGUUUCUCUGAUAAAUAAACCAAAAUUAUUUUUACCAAAACCAAGUCAAACUGCAUUUAUUACUAUUGAAAAUUCCGUUAUUAUAACUGAUAUUAAUACAUCAUAUAUUGAAUCUCAAAAUCCAGCUGUUUCAUAUUAUAGUCCAAGAUGGGAAGAUAUAGUUCGAUUAAAAUCAAAUGUUGAAAUAGUAGGGUAUGGAUUUGAAAAUCAAUCUACAAAUGCUAAUCCUUCUAUUGUUAUUAUAUCUAAAAAUUUUGGAGUUUUAAGAAUUGAAAGAUUUCCGGAAUCGGAAUAUUCUCAAGAAACUAAUGAAAAGAUAAUUACUGAUCCUGUUUAUAUAAUAAAAUCUCAUAUAGAACAAGGAAUCUUUUUUGCUAAUUCUCAAGAAAUUGAAUUUGAUAUAAAGGCAACAGAUAUUUCUAAAGAAUUAAUAUUUAAGGCUAUUGAUUCAAUAAUAUUAGAAAUAAUUAAUUCUAAAUCGGUUUAUUUACCAGAAUUCCUUCCAUCUAUUGUGGAUUCUUUAAAUCAAAAAUCUGAAUUAUAUAAACAUUUAAUUGAUUAUUCUAAAAGAAAUUUCCCUACUUUAGUAUCUGAAUUAAUUCCAAAGAUAGUUCAAUAUUUAGAAAAAGUUGAAGUGGCAUUAAAUUUAUGGAAUUUUAUUAAUGAAGCAGGUAAUCAACUGAAUCAUUUAAAGGAACUUUUAGAAUCUAUUACAGUAUCUUUAAAGAAAACUGAAUUAGAAUCUGAUGGUAAUGGUGAUAUUAUAAGGAAACUUUUUAAUCAAGGUAUUGAUUAUAUAAAUUUAAUUCUUACUAGAUUUAUUGAUACUUUAAUUGAUGAAAGUUUUUCAACCACAGAUUUAGUUCAAUUAUUAAUUUUAACUCAAUAUAAUGGAAUAUUUUUAAUUGAAUCUCAAUAUCUUUCUCAAUCAUUUCAAUUUGGUCAUAAAUUAUGGAUAUUUGAUACUAGUUUAUUAGUUACAAUUGGAAAUAUUUAUCAAAAAGAAUAUAAUGAAGUUAAAGAUGAUAAUUUAAUAAUUACUUCUCAAGAAAAAUCUAAUUUAAUUAAAUUAUGUGAAGUAUUAUAUUAUUUUGUUAUUAAUGUUAUUCAUUAUUUUGAACAAAAUGAUCCAUCUAAUGAACAACUUAAUGAAUAUAAAAAUUGGUAUAAUUCUAAUAAAAAGAAUUGGAUAAAUGCUCUUCUUAAAUAUAAUUUAAAUGAAGAAGCCAUUAAAAUUACUGAAAAUUAUAAAGAUUUUAGUUCAUUAGCUAUGAUUUUAGAUAUUGAAAGAUUUAAAUUUAUUGAUAAAAAUGAUACAAAUAGUUUAAAUUUUCAAAAAUUAAUUGAUAGAUAUAGUGAAUAUUUUCAAACUUUUGGUUAUGAAUUUGCAGCCAAUUUAUAUGAUUAUUAUUUAAAUGAAGAUAAAAUUCAACCAUUAUUAUUAGAUUUUACAAAUUAUAAAAAUUAUCUUAAACAAUAUUUUGAAAAGAAUCCAGUUAAAACUGCUAAUGUAGCAUGGAUUCGUCAAUUAUUAGAUCAAGAUUUUUCAUUAGCAAGUGAAUCAUUAAUUACAUCAGUAAUUGAUUCUGAUAAUUUGGAUAAUAAAGAAUUAAAAUUCUCUCUUGCUAAAUUAGCUAUUAUUGCAAGUAAGGAAAAUGAUCUGAUGCUGAUGGAAAUAUCAGAUAAACCACAAGAGUUAUUGAAUGAAGCAGAAUCAAAUUUAAUUCAAGUUCGAGCUCAAUCUAAAUUAUUUCAAUUAUUAAUUAAAUAUGUUCAUGGAGAGAAGAAAUUAUUAACAUUAGAUUAUAUUUUAAAGAAUCAUUCAAAUAAAUCUAUACCACUUUCCAUUAGAAAUCAUAUUAUUGAAUCUCAAUAUAAUUCAUUUAUACUGAAUAUUCAAUUAUCUUCAUUAUCUUUAAUUAAUUUAUUUACUAUAAUUAAACCAGCUAAUCUGAAUGGGAAAGAAUUUGCUGAAGCUUUAAAAGUUUCAUCAUCUUUAAGUAAUGAAAGUCAAUCUAAAUUCUUUACUAAAUUAAUUUGGCUUAGAUUAUUAACUGUAACAGAUGAUUGGACAAUUAUUAGUAAAUUGAAUUCAAAAUAUUCAACUGAUGAACAUAUAAAAAAUAAGAUUCAUGAUACUAUUAUAUUUAAGACACUCUUAGAAAUCAAAUCCGAUUCAGGAUUAAUUUUACAAUUGGAUACUUUACUUUCAACCGGUCAAUUAGGUUCAGAUAAUUAUGAGAAUGAUGAAGAAAUUAAUGUAUUUAAUCAAUCAUUAAUUCAACAACUUAAUGAGCAUUUGGCUAAUAAAGAUUUUACAUCAUGGAUAGAAUCAAUCAAACAAGAGGUUAAGAAUUCCGUAUAGAUUAUAUAUAUUAUAUAAUAUAAAUUUUAUAUAUAUUAGAUAAUAUACUUAUAUUAAUUAAA